UGAAUCCCUUUCUCUCUCCUCUCUCUCUCUCUCUCUCUCCAUUUUCUUGUAUUUGCUUCCGAAACCCUAACCCAAUUUCUGUGGUUUACGCUCCAAAUUCAAGAGUUUUUUUGGGUUUUCAGAUGAACUGCGAGUAGCGCUGACAUGGACGGUCCGAUUCGCCCGCCAGAAAAUGAGUAGCGAUUUGGAAGAACAGAGCGGGGGCCGGUUCCAGUCAGUGCAGCCACUUCGGGACCUUGAGUCCAACUGGGCUGUUGAUCUCGCCAAGAACCUUGAAGAGUAUCUGUUGAAAAUUUGCUCCGGCGAGAUUGCCGGCGAGGACCACGCCCACUUCCCUGUGAACUUCGCUGAGGCUGCCCUGCUCCUUCAGGGUUCGAUUCAGGUGUAUAGUCGGAAGGUUGAAUAUCUUUACUCGCUGGUUCUACAUGCCUUGGAAUUCAUCUCUAAUAAAAGGCAACAAGACCAAUCAGGGGGUCCAUCAGUCCAACCAGAAGAAAGAGUUCCUUGUGCAGUACCUGAGGAAGAAAAUGAUGACUUUUGGGGUUAUGACAACAUUCCAGUUGAAGCUAAGAACUCCUUGGAUGGUGCAUUGUGCAAAGAUGCUCAACUAAAUCAUUUUGUGAAGCCUCCUGCGAACCUAGUUGUGCUUGAAGGCGAUUGCUUAGAUACUAGUGGUGAUGGCAGUGAACUGGAGUCUUACCUGCUGUCAACCAGUGAUAUUUAUCGGGAUUUUAUUCUAUUAGACCCAUGUGAUGCAGUAGCAGUUGAUAAUUACUUUAAGGAUAAUAGAGCUGGUAAAGGGCAGAAUGGUACCUAUAGAGGUGGCUCUCUAAUUUCUAAAUCUCGCAAGAGCUUUCAGUCUCCCAAUAAUCGAUCAGUGGGAACUGGCUGCAAAUCAUCAGCAGGAAAGAAUCAGGAUGCUAAUCUCAAUUCUGCUUCAAGUGACCAUGGCUUUGAAUUUAGUGGCGGUAAUGCCAUGCCUGAUCCUCCUGACUGGGAUAUUCCCAAAAACAACAUGCAUGGAUCAGAACUGGAUGAUAGAUACUCGGAAUCUUGGGACUUGGAUGAUUCAGAUGGUGAAGAUGAUCCAUGGAAGCCUUUGAAUCCACAUGAACCAGGGAGUUUAAGAGUAAAACCCUUUAAGAAAGUGAAAUCUAUCAGAAGGCAAGGGAUCAGUUCCACUAAACGAGUCCCUAUAACUAAGGAUUUCCCUCUUGCUAGAAUGCAUGGCACCAUUAGUUUAGAGCUCGCCAAAGCAUGGGAAGCAAGCCAUUGUGCCUCAGAGAGGCAAGAAUCUGAAUCACCUCCAUUAUAUGAGAAGCUGAGACAUUCACUCAUUCAUGGCAACCACAAAAGCUGUGAUGCAUUUUUUAAUCCCAAGGACAAUAAUGAAGACAAUGAAUAUGAUGAUGGAGGCCCUGAUUUUGACAUGCCCGAGGGUAAAUGCGAGUAUGAAGAAGUACCUUCACAACCUGAAAAGCAUGAUGAAGGUGAUGUUUGCUUUCAUAUGAACAAUAUUUAUGGACAUGAUGAUCCAAGUUCUCAGGCUAGCCUAGAAGAUCUUUGCCGAUCUCACCUGGAUGCUCUCCUAGCUAGCAUUGCUGAAAAUGAGAAACAGACUGAAUUAGCUGCUCGUGUCUCAACUUGGAAACAGAGAAUUGAAAAGGACUUGGAAGAGGAAGAUUCACGCCCACCAUUUGAUAUUCAUGAAUACGGGGAAGGGAUUUUGGAGAAGCUAUCCCUGGAUGCAGAGAGGAGUAUCAUGUCAUUUGCAGAUGUUGUUAUGGGCCAUGAGAAAGAAGAUGUUGCUCGAACUUUCUCUGCUCUUCUGCAACUGGUUAACAAUGGAAAUGUUAAUCUGGAGAGGGGUCACACGGGCAGUGAGCCGGUCUGUUACACUGCCGUCAAUCCAUUCUAUGUGCGGCUUCUCAGCCAUGAUAAGAGACCAGGAGGAGGUCAUUUCCAGGCAUCAAAGAAGAGAGCCAAAUCACCUAUGAGGAAGGACAAGUCAGGGAAGGAGAAUAAACCCGCUGUCAGCUUGUCACAUCCAGGAUCUGCCUCGACAUCCAUGGCAUCGCAGUUGAACUGCAAGUUCUCGGUAAAACUAGGAAAGGUCGGCAAUGUUAGGUGCACCCCCGAAGGUAAGCGAAGGCGAAGGUCCCGGCUGGUUGAACCAGUCGACUGACAGAUUCUGCAGGGCGAGUCGAAACUAGUUUGCAAGCGAAGUAAGCUGAUUGUCGUCAUCGGAUCAGCGUUAGGAAAUUCAACACACCCAGUUGAACGACAUCCAAGACAAUGUGUAAGCAGGAAGCAGCAUACCAUUGCAACAAGUCUAGCUAGAUUGCCAACUAACAAAUAAUUAGUUGUGAAUUGUUGUUGUCUAAUGUAAUAUUUUGGGGGCUCCUUAAAUCAUUAUAACUCUUAAGAGGCUGCUGCUUGUAGUAUUAACAGUAUAUAUCAUCUGGUGAAUUUAAAGCUCUCUCUGCUUCAUUUGCUGCCCCCUGUGAAGCAAGGAGUAAAUUACUAGCUGCACAACUUUCUAUUUUUGUAUCUUAGUUUGAAUCCUAUUGAAUUUUGAUUCAUCAAAAUGUCA